GAUGCGGCCGGAGUCCCGCCGCCCGCGGCGCCGCAGCCGGGACCAGACCCAGGCCCGGGCCAGAGAGAACCGGUGUGGCCUCCGAGCCCGAGCGCUUAGCCCCGAGCCGAGCCGCAGCAACAAGUGGCGGGGAGACCCCGCGGCGGGGGCGGAGGGUCUGGGCGCGGCCACGGGCGGGUCUUCCCGCCGCCCCUCCUGGCCCGGCCCCGAAAGGGGUCCCCUGCCCGGAACCCCUGCCCGAUGCCUGGGGGUCUCUGUGGCUGAGUUCUGGGGUCUCCUCGGGGUGCCGCCCGGGCCGCUCCUCCGCACGAUACCGGCCCUGGCCAGAGCUCCCGCCCGCCUGCCUUGGGCCUGCUGACCGCGCGCCCGCCCCGCCCGGCCCCAGGGCCACCGCACACCCCUGCCUGACUCCCCGUGGCAAGCCCAGAGCUCCAGCGCUGCGGCAUGGCGCGCGGCUGCCUCCAGGGCGUCAAGUACCUCAUGUUCGCCUUCAACCUGCUCUUCUGGCUGGGAGGAUGCGGCAUCCUGGGGGUGGGCAUCUGGCUGGCCGCCACGCAGGGGAACUUUGCCACCCUGUCCUCCUCCUUCCCGUCCCUGUCGGCCGCCAACCUGCUCAUCGUCACCGGCACCUUCAUCAUGGCCAUCGGCUUCGUGGGCUGCAUUGGGGCCAUCAAGGAGAACAAGUGCCUCCUGCUCACCUUCUUCGUGUUGCUGCUGCUGGUGUUCCUGCUGGAGGUCACCGUCACCGUCCUCUUCUUCGCCUACACUGACAAGAUUGACAGGUACGCGCAGCACGACCUGAAGAAGGGCCUGCACCUGUACGGCACCCCGGGCAACGUGGGGCUCACCAACGCCUGGAGCAUCAUCCAGACCGACUUCCGCUGCUGUGGCGUCUCCAACUACACGGACUGGUUCGAGGUGUACAAUGCCACGCGCGUGCCCGACUCCUGCUGCCUGGAGUUCAGUGAGAGCUGCGGGCUGCAUGCCCCUGGCACCUGGUGGAAGGCGCCGUGCUACGAGACGGUGAAGAUGUGGCUCCAGGAGAACCUGCUGGCCGUGGGCGUCUUCGGGCUGUGCACGGCGCUGGUGCAGAUCUUGGGCCUGACUUUCGCUAUGACCAUGUACUGCCAGGUGGUGAAGGCCGACACCUACUGCGCGUAGGCUGCCCUGCCUGCCACCUGCUUCACUGCCAAAGGAUGCCACCCACCGGGGAGACGACCUCGUGCCGGAGGGGCAGCUGGCGCCUUCCAUGUCCACCCACACAUUCUCCAGAGCAGCUUUCCCGGACCCGACACAGGGCUGGGUGGGGAGGGCCUCCUGUGCCCGGUGCUUGGACGGGCGGAGCCCGCAUCACAUUCCAUGUGGGGCAGGGCAGGCUCCCGGUGCAUCUAAUAAAGUGCGUGGGCAGCAGCCCCCCGUUUGUCACUGCCGACUCCCCACGGGGCACCAUGCCUAGGCAAGCCCGUGGCUGUGGGCCCCCCUACCCACGUGGGGUUCCAUGACACACAGGCUCAGGCGAGCUGCCCAGCCAGCAGAUGGGGGCUUGUGUCUGAGGACAAGCCCUCAAACCUCCACUAGAUUAGCUCCAGGAAGUGGUGCAGAGGCCCCAGGAACCGCGAGGAGUCCCCCUGACCUGUCCAGUGUCUCCAUCCCCCUGCAUUUCUGUCCCCCCUGCCCCGCUCUGGUAUCCUCAGCAAGGCGAGUUCAGUUCCUUGCUGCCUGUUAAGGGUUCCUGUCCUGUCCUGGGAACAUGGCCCUGAAGUGUUUCUUUGUACAACUUUGUAAAUAAAGGGGCCGCAGGGAGCGAGCAGCUGCCAGGCCCAGCACCA